AAUGCAUGUAACUUUAUCGGAAGAGCUAGAACUAAAGGUACCAACAAGCAAAGCUUGGGCGCUCUUUAGCACCAAGAAGUACAAAAAUGCGUUGAUCGAAGAAAAAUUCUUUGAGGCGUCUGAGUUUGUUGAAGGUGAUGGUGGAACCGGUACGCUUGAAAAGGUCACAGUAAAGGGGUCAGAGUUCGCAUAUUACAAGUAUACGCUUGUUGAUAACAUGAACAAGGUUAAGGAAGUUAAACUAGUGGAAGGAGGAUUGCUUGAUCACGGAUUUAAUUAUUAUAAAUCAAAGGAGGAGAUCAAAGAGAACCCAAAUGAUGAAACGGGAUCAUCGUGUAUUUUUAAAUUAACGCGUGAUUAUGAAGUUAAGGACGAGUUUGCUACUAAUACUUCUAUAGUCACCAAUGUUUCUCUCGCGGUGAUUGGGAAUGUCAUGAACAAGCAUCUCUUUAAAUCUAAUUAAAGCAAGAAACAUAUAUAUGUUCUCAUGUGUUUUAUGAAUAAUGCAACUGAUAAAAAUAAAAGAUUUAUUUUAAA